AUGCAUCAAAGCUCUGUUCUUAGAAGUUCAGUUGAAGAUGCUUUUAUUUGUCUUAUAAUUCACAGGGAGAAUGAUGAAUCAGUGAAAGAAGAAAAAUCUGAUUUAAAAGAAAAGUCGACGGGAAAUAAGAAGGCCAAUCGAUUUCAUCCCUAUUCAAAAGAUAAGAAUUCGGGUACUGGAGAAAAGAAAGGUCCAAAUCGGAACCGAGUGUUUAUUAGCAACAUCCCCUAUGACAUGAAAUGGCAGGCUAUUAAAGACCUGAUGAGAGAAAAAGUUGGUGAGGUUACAUACGUGGAGCUCUUUAAGGAUGCGGAAGGAAAAUCAAGGGGUUGUGGUGUGGUUGAAUUCAAAGAUGAAGAAUUUGUAAAGAAAGCACUAGAAACUAUGAACAAAUAUGACCUUAGUGGAAGACCUCUGAAUAUUAAAGAGGAUCCUGAUGGAGAAAAUGCUCGCCGGGCACUGCAGCGAACAGGAACAUCAUUUCAAGGAUCACAUACCUCUGAUGUGGGAUCUGGGUUGGUGAAUUUGCCACCUUCCAUUCUCAAUAAUCCAAACAUUCCUCCUGAGGUUAUCAGCAAUUUGCAGGCUGGUAGACUUGGUUCCACAAUUUUUGUUGCUAAUCUUGACUUCAAAGUUGGUUGGAAGAAGCUAAAAGAAGUGUUCAGCAUAGCUGGAACUGUAAAGCGGGCAGAUAUUAAAGAAGACAAGGAUGGCAAGAGCAGAGGCAUGGGCACUGUCACGUUUGAGCAAGCAAUUGAAGCAGUUCAAGCCAUUUCCAUGUUCAAUGGGCAGUUUUUAUUUGAUAGACCUAUGCAUGUGAAAAUGGAUGACAAAUCUGUCCCUCACGAAGACUACCGUUCACAUGAUAGUAAGACAUCACAGUUACCACGUGGUCUUGGAGGCAUUGGAAUGGGACUUGGUCCAGGUGGACAACCUAUUAGUGCCAGCCAGUUGAACAUAAGUGGUGUAAUGGGAAAUUUGGGUCCAAGUGGUAUGGGAAUGGAUGGUCCGGGUUUUGGAGGAAUGAAUAGAAUUGGAGGAGGAGUUGGGUUUGGUGGUCUGGAAGCAAUGAAUAGCAUGGCAGGAUUUGGUGGAGUUGGCCGAAUGGGAGAGCUAUACCGUGGUGCAAUGACUAGUAGCAUGGAGCGAGAUUUCGGACGUGGUGAUAUUGGAAUAAAUCGAGGCUUUGGCGAUUCCUUUGGUAGACUUGGCAGUGCAAUGAUUGGAGGGUUUGCAGGAAGAAUAGGAGCUUCUAACAUGGGUCCAGUAGGAACUGGCAUAAGUGGCAGUAUGGGUGGCAUGAGCAGUGUGACUGGAGGCAUGGGGAUGGGACUGGACCGCAUGAGCUCCAGCUUUGACAGGAUGGGGCCGGGAAUUGGAGCAAUACUGGAAAGGAGCAUCGACGUAGAUCGAGGUUUUUUAUCGGGUCCCAUGGGAAGCGGAAUGAGAGACAGAUUAGGCUCCAAAGGCAACCAGAUAUUUGUUAGAAAUCUGCCUUUUGACUUGACUUGGCAGAAACUAAAAGAGAAAUUCAGCCAGUGUGGUCAUGUAAUGUUUGCAGAAAUAAAGAUGGAGAAUGGCAAGUCAAAAGGCUGUGGGACAGUUAGGUUUGAAUCCCCAGAGUCAGCUGAAAAGGCCUGCAGAAUAAUGAACGGCAUCAAAAUCAGUGGCAGGGAAAUCGAUGUUCGCUUGGAUCGUAAUGCGUAAUUUCAAGCAUGGUUGAAACAUUCCUUCAUCUGUUUAUUGAAUCUCUUAGUACAAGUCAUUUUUUAGUAAUGUUGUAUGCUUACAAAUGCUGUAAAAAUGAACUUUUAAAACUCCCACCAGCUUUUAACAGUAUAAUGUUGAAAAAUAUACUGUGAUUUUCGUUA